AUGGGAGGAAAGGAGUUAUCCACCUCCUCAAAGAAGAAGAAACCGAGAAGAACUUCUUCAUAUUCCAGAGUUGAUGGUCUUGAGCCUAACACGUUAUACUUGAUUAAUUUGAGAUACGAUUUUAAGAGGAGAAGAUCAAUAGAAGGAGCCAGCGAAACCAUAGGAUCCGAAGGCAAUAACUCACUAGACGGUGCUUUCAGCGGAGAUGAUGGACGGGAAAAGGCAGAAUGUGCCUGCGUUGGAGAGGAAUACACUGGCGCAAAGAAACAAGAAUCGAAUGUUGAGGAACCACCGGAUGUAAACGCAGACAACACACGUAAUUUGAGCAAGGAAGAGGGCUGCGGAGAGGGAGAAAAGAUGGGCUGCUGUAAGUCGCACUUGUGCUUCGUUGCGGUGGAGUACCACUGCCUGAAGUACGACAGGACCAGCUGCUCAGACACCUAUUUCAACAGGGACAGCCCAGAGUACACCUCGUAUGUGGUCGGAAACAUAUUCCUGAAGAGGCACCCAGGUCUCCUGUUCGACGAGGCAGCCCUGUGCGACGCCUCGUGGGAGGUGGAGUCGGUACACCUGUGCAACCGAAUACACAGUCUCCUGAACGCACAGAGCACCGGUAAAGGCAACACAAGAUCUGAGAGAAGCGCAUUAGAGACCACAGCCUCUGCUUCAACCACCAACGCAAAUGACACCUCUGACUCCAGAACCGAUGACACAGCCCAAAUUGUGGAUGGCAGCAAUGGAAACUACUUAGUCGGUGGCAGUGAGGGAAACUACGUAGUCGAUGCAGUGAGUAUGAACGAUGGCAGUGAAGCUAAUACUACCGAAGAGGAAUACGCUAACAAUAUUGACGACACAUGUGAUUUAGAUGACGAAGUUAAUAUCGAAGAAGAAAAUGACACUAAUGAAGACAAGGACAUCGGAUAUGACAGUUCCAGCAAUGAUGAUUGUGAAAAUGAACACAGCAGUCACACCAGCGCCUCUGAAGCAGCAAUACAUGAAUAUAUUAACACACACAGAGAAACGGAAGAACAAGAUCAUGAGACUGAAACUGGGGAUGGCACUCCUGCUCCAAAUCAACCCCGGCGACGAGACACAAGGAUCCUGGACCCCUUCUGCGGAAUCGGGGGAAACCUCGUUCACUUCGCAAACAAUUUCGACUUCAGCAUGGGAGUUGAGCUCGACAAAAACAGAGUGGAAAUCUGCGAGAAUAACCUGAGGGUGUACGAGGUGUCAGGCACCUACGCAGUCAUCAACGACGACUUCUUCAAAUUCGCAGAGGAGUUCCUCGAGGACCCCAAGGGCUACUUUGAAGCCAGGGUCGGCAGGCCCGACCUGUACAGGGCCGACGGACCCCAGUUCGACUGGGUGUUUUUAUCGCCGCCCUGGGGAGGAAGCAACUACAAGGGCUCAAACAACGACGAGACAUACGUGCUGGAGGAGUGCUUCACGCAGUUUUACAGGUGCAUUGAGCUGUCGAGUAGACUUGGGCGAAACGUAACGCUAUUCCUGCCGCGCAGCCAGUCAAUAGUUGAAAUUGUGAAGGCCGCCUCACUGAAUGAUUUUAAGUUCAUACUAAUAGACUCAUACCUCACGGUCGUACCAUUCACUAAAAUAAGGUGCUGCAUGAUACACCUUUUAAACGACGUGAACAUGUUUAAUAAGAAUUUUAAAAUAAGGAACGUUAAAAGGAUCCACUACACUUCCUCCUGCUCUUUGGAGAGCGUAAAAAUAAUGCCGAUUAAGAACUACGUCUUCGACCUGAACCACGUCAACAUGAUGAAGAUGGGCCUUUUGAUGCUCCUCAACGAGAGCAGCCUGAACGUGUACAACAAGUUCAGUGAGUUGUUUGAGGAAAUUUCCGUGAAUAUAGUGUUGGACUUAGUAAACAGCGCAAUUGAAACGUACCAUUCAAACGGUAAGUACUUAAUUAUGGCCCUUGAUUGGUAUUACUGGUGUUCGUUACUGCGACCACUGGCACUAUUGCACAAAUCCGUUAUCGCUUUCACAUUUUAUCACGUACUUUUAUUUUUACUUAAUUAUCUUGUUACGCUGCUCUAUCAUCUAUAG